GCAGAGACUGCACUGAGAGUCUAGUCCAGAGUCUACCAUGAAGCUCAAGGUUGCUGUUGUUGGGGCUGGUGUGAUAGGGCUCUCUACAGCUCUGCAUCUGACUGAGAGGUUUUCAGAUGCUCUGCAAGUGACAAUCAUAGCUGACAGAUUCACUCCAGACACUGUCUCCGAUAAAUCUGGCGCUGCUAUAGAAAUAACUGAUUUCUACGAAGGACCAGAUAAAUUUAGCUCUGCAAAAGAUGUGUCUGCUUACCGGGACCAAGUGGAGGGGUGGUAUCAGGACACAAUGAAGAGGUUCCAUAAGAUCCAUGUUUCAGAAGACAACAGUGAAGUUCAGAUCACUCUAUUGGCUCAAUACCACAUAUUCCACGAUGACACUCCAGACCCAUUGUGGAAAGACCUUGUCUUUGGAUUUAGGCAUGUGCGCCCAGGCUCUGACGAAACCUCUCUCUUUAAUUUCCCACCAGAAUGCAAAACAAUCUGGUCUUAUUCCACUUACACUGUUAACCCCACUCUUUACCUCCAAUGGAUGCAGAAGCAAUUCCUGAGCAGAGGAGGGACUACCAAUAAAGCAAAGAUCGAUUCACUACAUGAAAUCUACGAUGGUUUUGACGUUGUAGUAAAUUGUACCGGUGUUUGGGCCAGUCAUCUGUUAGAGAAGGAAAGUAUGCAGCCAGCUAGAGGACAGCUUAUUAUUGUCAAAGCACCAUGGAUCAACCAUUGCAUUUACUAUGAUGUAGGACCGAAGCUAACAUACAUCAUUGCUCGAUCUGACUCGGUAGCACUGGGGGGCACUCUCGAACCUGGAAACUGGAGUGAAAAAAUUGAAGAAGAAACAACAAAAGAAAUUCUAAAGAGGUGCACUGAAAUAGAGCCAAGCCUAGCAAAAGCUGAAGUAAUUGGUGUGUCGGUAGGAUUGAGACCACUCAGGAGUCGUAUCAGAUUGGAGAAGAGCUUGGAAUCUGAAAGUCCUCUCGUUAUCCACUGCUAUGGUCACGGUGGACAAGGCAUAACACUGAGCUGGGGGUGUGCAAAGGAGAUUGGAGACAUUGUGCAAGACAGUGUAAUCAUGAACAAACAUUCAGACAGCAGAGUCUACCAUGAAGCUCAAGGUUGCUGUUGUGUUGGGGCUGGUGUGAUAGGGCUCUCCACAGCUCUGCAUCUGACUGAGAGGUUUUCAGAUGCUCUGCAAGUGACAAUCAUAGCUGACAGAUUCACUCCAGACACUGUCUCCGAUAAAUCUGCCGCUGUUAUAGAAAUAACUGAUUUCUACGAAGGACCGAAUAAAUUUAGCUCUGCAAAAGAUGUGUCUGCUUACCGGGACCAAGUGGAGAGGUGGUAUCAGGACACAAUGAAGAGGUUCCAUAAGAUCCAUGUUUCAGAAGACAACAGUGAAGUUAAGCUUACUCUACUGGCUCAAUACCACUUGCAGCAGCACGAGGACACUCCAGACCCAUUGUGGAAAGACCUUGUCUUUGGAUUUAGGCAUGUGCGCCCAGACUCUGACGAAACCUCUCUCUUUAAUUUCCCACCAGAAUGCAAAACAAUCUGGUCUUAUUCCACUUACACUGUUAAUCCCACUCUUUACCUCCAAUGGAUGCAGAAGCAAUUCCUGAGCAGAGGAGGGACUACCAAGAAAGCAAAGAUCGAUUCACUACAAGAAAUCUACGAUGGUUUUGAUGUUGUAGUAAAUUGUACCGGUGUUUGGGCCAGUCAUCUGUUAGAGAAGGAAAGUAUGCAGCCAGCUAGAGGACAGCUUAUUAUUGUCAAAGCACCAUGGAUCAACCAUUGCAUUUACUAUGAUGUAGGACCGAAGCUAACAUACAUCAUUGCUCGAUCUGACUCGGUAGUACUGGGGGACACUCUUGAACCUGGAAACUGGAGUGAAAAAAUUGAAGAAGAAACAACGAAAGAAAUUCUAAAAAGGUGCACUGAAAUAGAGCCAAGCCUAGCAAAAGCUGAAGUGAUUGGUGUGUCGGUAGGAUUGAGACCACUCAGGAGUCAUAUCAGAUUGGAGAAAAGCUUGGAAUCUGAAAGUCCUCUCGUUAUCCAUUGCUAUGGUCACGGUGGACAAGGCAUAACACUGAGCUGGGGGUGUGCAAAGGAGAUUGGAGACAUUGUGCAAGACAGUGUAAUCAUGAACAAAAAUUGACGCUUAGGCCUACAUUAAUAAUUUAUUUCUGUAG